GACUCACCACUUCCCGGACAAGUGAACCCGCAGCGAGCUGAGAACAAACGACUAAUAGGACUUUAUUCUAGUGAAUCUAAACCUGUAUUCAGUCCGGUUCUCCUAAGAGGGUCCUGCUGAGCGUCCGGAUCCGGAUUCAGACGUCGGCACCCUGGUGAAUCAUGGCUGCUGUUUGAGCUCCUCCUCCUUGAAGACAAACCAGAUUAAAGAUGUCUGCCGCCGGCGGGAGCGUCCUCCUGUCUCCUGGGAAGGAAACGGCCACACUGCAGAUCGACCCGGCCAGCAUCCCGGCCCUGGAGGUCAAACUGGGAGCACUGGUGGUCCUGCUGUCCGUCACAGUGCUGUUUGGUUUCGCCCCGCUGUGCAUGAUUCGGGGAAUGGGGCGCUGCAGUGAGGACCCAGAUGUGCGGCGCAGGCUGGUGAGCUUAAUCAGCUGUUUUGCUGGCGGAGUUUUCUUGGCUACCUGUCUGCUGGACCUGCUGCCAGACUACCUGCAGGGCAUCAACAAGGCCUUUAGCAUCGCAGGAGUCACACUCCAGUUCCCACUGCCAGAGUUCAUCAUGGCCAUGGGCUUCUUCCUGGUCUUGGUCCUGGAACAGAUCGUCCUGGCCUUCAAGGACCAGUCCUCCUCUCACGUGGAGGAGCGUCGGGCUCUGCUGGUGGACUCCAGCAGUCACCAGUCCCACCGCCACCGUGGGUCCGAGGAGUCCGACGGCAGCCCCUUCCAUGUGGACCGGGGCUCCCAGUCCGCCCUGCGCGCCUUCAUACUGGUCUUCUCUCUGUCUGUACACUCGGUAUUUGAGGGUUUGGCAGUCGGACUGCUGGAGGAGCAGGAGGAGGUGCUGGAGAUCUGCCUGGCGCUGAUUAUCCACAAAAGCAUCAUCUCCUUCAGCCUGGCCUUUAAGCUGAGUCAGGGCCGGCUGCGGCGGUCGGUGGUGGCCGGCUGUCUGCUGCUGUUCGCUGCCAUGUCACCGCUGGGCAUCGGCGUGGGCAUCGCCCUCACGGAGACCAGGGCGUCCCCGCAGCACCGGCUGGCCCGCUGCACGCUGGAGGGUCUGGCGGCAGGAACCUUCAUCUACAUCACCUUCAUGGAGAUCCUGCCGCACGAGCUCAGCUCCGGCAGGAACCGCAUCCCCAAGAUGGCCGCGCUGCUGGCGGGCUUCGCCGUGGUCACCGCCGUGCUCUUUGUCAAACUGUAACCAACACAUGACACUUGGACGUCAAUCUGAUGAUCAGAUCAUUGUUCACGAUGAAAUCAGGCAGGAAUCAGCUCGUUAGUACCCACAAUGCUCCUCUCCAACACAUCACGUUAUCACAGAGCUCAUUGUUUACUCUCACUUGUUAGGAUCCAAACACAGCAAAUAUCUGCCACUGACCGACCUGUAUGACCCCUAACUGACCUGUGUGACCCCUAACUGACCUGUGUGACCCUGUGACCUCAAGAAACAGAGGAAACCCACCUUAAGGACUUACCGCUGGAACAGCUGAUCUGUUCCCACAAUGCACCUAUAUAUGUAUUUUUGUAAUUACCACUUUUAGAAACCACAGCAUUUUAAUCAUUGUGUGAUAUUUUGUAUUGUGAUCAGAAGGAAGAGACUAUUACAAAUGAAAUAGUUCUUCAUACAGUGGCUGAGCUUUUGUUGCUUUAAAGCUUUAUAUUAUUAUCAAGAAAUGUAUCUGCUGUUCUAAAAUGAAACGGCAAACUAAAGAUGGACCUGUACAUUACAUUACAUUACAUUACAUUACAUUACAUGUCAUUUAGCUGACGCUUUUAUCCAAAGCGACUUACAAUAAGUGCAUUAAACCAUGAGU